UUCAUGAGGCAAAGAAGGACCCGCAGGUAACGUUUAUCGGCGUUCCUACCGUUCUAACGGGACCCACAGUUAUGAUGUGAGAGAUUCUCGCACGGAUGCACAUGCAAUUCUUCAAAAUGGGAUCAUGGCAUUUUGCAAGUUUUCGACGAUGGCAUGAUCGAAAUGUUGAGUGCAGAUCGGCACUUCCAGGGAGACAGCGGCAAUGCACAACUGGGGUCUGCUGCAGUCACCCAUGCUUCGGUUCAAGGCAUCCCACGCUGAUAGGAGAGAUGAAGCGUAGCGUACACGAGUCGGUGAACAGCUGUUAUCGCUGCCGUGUCAAGCACAGAGCCGCACCUCCUGGUGACGAGUAGGCCGGGACUGUGGCAAGAUGCAACUCGUCGAACUGACAUAUUACCACGCAAGACUCAGGCCAUGCUGAGCCACUCCAGCAAGGCGGUCAUUGCAACGUCUGGUCACCUUUUCAGCUGUCGACUCGAGCGUCCUGAGACGAGCAAAGGGUUGAAU